GCUUUUGUCACGUGACGAUAAGAGAGCUUGAUGGGUGGGUUCUCUAAAUGGAAAAUAUGAGUUCGGCCCCACCCACACAAGUUAGCGAGCUAAAGAUAGUCAAUCUGCUACUGGUCAACGAAAUACGUCUUCCAGGAAGAGACUGCAAGCAGACUAAACCAUGAGCUACCCUGGAUACCCCCCACAGGCAGGCGGAUACCCACCACAGCCUGGGGCUUACCCUCAACAACCUGGUGCUUACCCACCUCAGCCUGGAGUUUACCCUCCCCAAGCAGGAGGCUACCCCCCACAGCCAAGCGGCUACCCUCCUCAACCUGGUGGCUAUCCACCACAGGCUGGUGGCUAUCCACCACAGGCUGGUGGCUAUCCACCACAGGCUGGUGGCUAUCCACCACAGGCUGGUGGCUAUCCACCACAGGCUGGAGGCUAUCCACCACAGGCUGGAGGCUAUCCACCACAGGCUGGAGGCUACCCACAGGCACCACCACAAGGCAGCUGGGGAGGUGGGCCUGUUGGUGGAUAUCCCUCCAUUGGUCUUGACAGCUUAUCCAACCCUGGAUACAACGCUGGCAUGGCCAACCAGAUCUCUGCAGGCAUGGGGGGUUUUACUCCAAACCCAUCCAUGUUCGCCCAAGCCUCCGGGGGGAACCCACCUGCCACUCAGUCUAGCAGGUAUGGUGCCCCUUUCCCUAACCAACAGUCAUAUGGCCUGUACCCACAGCCAGGAGGGACCAUGCCCCAACAACAAAGCUCAGGGAUGGGCUAUCCUGGUCAACCUGGCCAGCCAAUGCCUGGAUACCCCGGUGCACCAUCACCCAACCCACCCAUGGCUGGUUAUGGAGGAGCACCAGCACCUAUGCCAGGGUACCCAAAGGUCCCUUCACCAAAUCCAUCCAUGCCAGCCUAUGGAGGAGGAGGCAUGCCAAUAGCUCCACCUGUCAAUAGAGGAUUCAGGGGAACAAUCACCGACUUUCCUGGAGCUGACCCACUCAAAGAUGUGGAAGUCCUGAGGAAGGCCAUGAAGGGCUUUGGAACUGAUGAGCAAGCCAUCAUUGACUUACUGGGGAGUCGCUCUAACAAGCAACGUGUGCCUUUGCUCCGAGCCUACAAAACUUCCUAUGGGAAGGAUCUGAUUAAGGACCUGCAUUCAGAACUGUCUGGAGACUUUAGGAAGCUGGUCAUGGCCACGUUGAAGUCCCCAGCUGAGUUUGAUGCCUCUGAGCUCCACAGUGCCAUAAAGGGAGCCGGAACUGAUGAAGCCUGUCUGAUAGAGAUCCUGUCGUCUCGCUCCAACGCUGAAAUCAAGGAGAUAAACCGUGUUUACAAAGCAGAAUACAAGAAGUCACUGGAGGAUGCCAUUAGUGGGGAUACCUCAGGCCACUUCCGCAGGCUCCUGAUCUCUCUCGCCCAGGGUAAUCGUGAUGAACGAGAAACUGUUGACAUCUCUCUGGCUAAACAAGAUGCUCAGGCCCUGUAUGCUGCUGGAGAAAACAAGCUGGGAACAGACGAGUCCAAAUUUAACGCUAUUUUGUGUGCCAGGAGCAAACCCCAUCUCAGAGCAGUGUUUCUUGAGUACCAGCAAAUGUGUGGCAGAGAUAUCGAGAAGAGCAUCAGCAGGGAGAUGUCCGGAGACCUCGAGAGUGGCAUGUUGGCAGUGGUGAAGUGUAUUAAGAACACAUCCGCCUACUUUGCUGAGAGACUUUACAAGGCCAUGAAGGGAGCUGGGACCAAAGACACAACCCUAAUCCGGAUCAUGGUCUCCCGUUCCGAGGUUGACAUGCUGGAUAUCCGCCAGGAGUAUGUUAAAAACUAUGGCAAGUCGCUGUACACGCACAUCUCUGGAGACACAUCAGGGGACUACAAGAAGCUCCUACUGAAGUUCUGUGGGGGCAGUGACUGAAAAGGAAACAGUGUCUACUACAUUAUAGAAAUUUUCUAUAAAUAUCAGAUUUCUGCCUUAUCUAUAUGCACUAUACACAAACCUGCAUGCCAUGCCAGUACUCUCAAUGCAAUGUUUACUUAGUUUUAAGAACCUCAAUAUCGCUACAUAUUGUUUCUUUUCUAUACAGUUUUAUAUUUAUUCACUUGUGAUAUCUUUGCUGGAUAUUUGAGUUGAAUAUACAUGGCCAUACAAUCGAUUUGCAAGAGAUUACUUUUUAAUUUUUAGAGCUAUAUAUUUUUAAGAUAUUUUAUUUCAAUUGUGCCAAUGUGAUCUGAUAUCUAAUGAUAUCUGGUGCGUUUAUCAAUUAAUUUUCUAAUGUUCAGCAAUGCUGAAUAAAGUACGAGACAUAGAAUUCAUAGCAGCUAAGUACCAAAGUUGUCUGUCAAUGUUUUCAAUUGUAUAAUCUCUUCUAUAUUUUGUCUACACUUAACUACUUUUUGUUCAUUAUAGUUGUGUUUUAUUUGCAGCAGAUGCUUUAAUUUGUGUAUCAUAUACCUGUCAUUGUAGUAUGUAAAAUCAAGCAUCCAAUUUCAUAAAUUGUUAAUGAUUUUAUCUUCAUGAGUCUCAGAAAAUAAAUAUUAAGAACACA